AGAAGUCGUGGGCGGGGCCCGCCUUUACGCGCUGCGCCUGCGCGGUGGGUCCCGGCGGGGCGCCCGGGCCGGCUCUCCGCCCUGCGCCCAGCUGGUUUGAGCCCUUCGGAGCCCCGUAGCCGCUCGGCCGCCGGGCUGUCUCAGCGUCCUCUUCGGCGUUCCCACGCCUCCUUCGGGGUCUUUCGGGGCCCAAGGACAGGCGGACUCUCUGCGUCUCCGCGUCGGGAGCCGGACUGCGGAGAUGGCGGCUCAGAAGAUCAACGAGGGGCUGGAGCAUCUCGCCAAAGCAGAGAAAUACCUGAAAACUGGUUUUUUAAAAUGGAAGCCAGAUUAUGACAGCGCCGCAUCUGAAUAUGGAAAAGCAGCUGUUGCUUUUAAAAAUGCCAAACAGUUUGAGCAAGCAAAAGAUGCCUGCCUGAGGGAAGCUGUUGCCCAUGAAAAUAAUAGGGCUCUUUUUCAUGCUGCCAAAGCUUAUGAGCAAGCUGGCAUGAUGUUGAAGGAGAUGCAGAGACUACCAGAGGCUGUUCAACUGAUUGAGAAAGCCAGCAUGAUGUAUCUAGAAAAUGGUACCCCUGACACAGCGGCCAUGGCAUUGGAGCGAGCUGGAAAGCUUAUAGAAAACGUAGAUCCAGAAAAGGCUGUACAGUUGUAUCAACAGACAGCUAAUGUAUUUGAAAAUGAGGAACGCUUACGACAGGCAGUUGAAUUACUAGGAAAAGCCUCCAGACUGCUGGUUCGAGGACGCAGGUUUGAUGAGGCGGCACUUUCUAUUCAGAAAGAAAAAAAUAUUUAUAAGGAAAUUGAGAAUUAUCCAACUUGUUAUAAGAAAACAAUUGCUCAAGUCUUAGUUCACCUACACAGAAAUGACUACGUGGCUGCAGAAAGAUGUGUCCGGGAGAGCUACAGUAUACCAGGGUUCAGUGGCAGUGAGGACUGUGCUGCACUUGAACAGCUUCUUGAAGGUUAUGACCAGCAAGACCAAGAUCAAGUGUCAGAUGUCUGCAACUCGCCACUUUUCAAGUACAUGGACAAUGAUUAUGCUAAGCUGGGCCUGAGUUUGAUGGUCCCAGGAGGGGGAGUCAAGAAGAAAUCACCUGCGACACCACAGGCCAAGCCUGAUGGUGUCACUGCCACAGCUGCUGAUGAAGAGGAAGAUGAAUAUUCAGGAGGACUCUGCUAGUACAUUGCUUGCAGAAAAGAAGACAAAAAGUAAGGGGAAAUCCUGACAUGCCAUUUCAUGGACUUGGAACUUGUUUAAGGGUUUAAGGCUAUCUGUACUUCAUUUCAGUCAUGAUUUUGAAUACUAAUAAAGACUAAUUUUUAGUCACUUUUUCCCCAAAUCACUCAUUGUAUCUAUUACCUGUGAAGGAAUUUUUUCCCCAUGAUAAGAGCUCUUCUAAGGCCACAGAAAUUAACAGAAAAUGUACUGUUACAUUUUAAUAGUUUUAGUAUAGCUGAUUUUACAAUGUACAAGCCA